AGGAGGAACUCCACUCAGUUUCUCGUCUCAGAGAGAAUCGGCUGCUGAGGAUGGACGCUCGGAUCUUCACUCUGCACGUCCUGACGCUCUGCUGCCUCAUGCAUGGCUCUCUGCAGGGGGCGUACCAGCGGCGCCUCUACAAGGAGCUGAUGAGGAACUACAACCCGUUAGAGAGACCGGUCAACAACGACUCCCACAGCCUGACCGUCCACUUCAGCUUCAGCCUGCUGCAGAUCAUGGACGUGGAUGAGAAGAACCAGGUGCUGACCACCAACAUCUGGCUGCAGCUGUACUGGACGGAUUACUACCUGCAGUGGAACGUGUCUGAUUAUCCGGGUGUGACCAACGUCCGGUUUCCCGACAGUCAGAUCUGGAGGCCGGACAUCCUGCUGUACAACAGUGCUGAUGAAAGGUUCGACGCCUCCUUCCACACCAACAUCCUGGUCAACUCCUCCGGAUACUGCCAGUACCUGCCGCCAGACCUUUAUGAAGGUCUGAGGGGACGCAGGGUCAACGAGAGGUCAGAGGUCAACAGAGCGAG